AUGCAAAUCAGUGCUAUCGUCCUCGGGCUCAUGGCUAUCGUGCUGACAGUGCAUGGUUCCAGCAUUGCCCAGAAGAGCGUUUCCGCUGAACCAUGGUCGUCAGAGGAAGUAGAUACUUCAGGAAAGGAAAUGGGCGAGGAGUUUGAGCUACUUGUGCUUUUUGACAAAUAUUCUAGUGUUCUAAACAGUAUCGCCCAAAAUAUAGAUGGAAUCAGAAACGUGUUAGACAAAUUUGGUGGACCUGAAGCUGCAUUACAAUUCGUCUCUCACGAUUUGAAACAAUUCCUCCACCGCCUUGAAAAGGACGAAAAAGCUGAACAAACCCAAGGCCAAAAUAGCGCAACCACUCCACAAACUGCUCAAGCUUCCCAACGAUCCAUGAAAGAAUUAUUGGCGAGAUUGAUGAAGAUAGCCAAACAGUAAAAAAAAAACCUGACUCCAUCCCUGAAGAUCCCGACCAAAUGAACGCAUGCUAACGACAGCCGAAAUAGAUAUACAAUGUACACUGUUUAUAUAUAUCUUCUUUUUUUGUAGUUGUCGUCUUUGUAUAGACCAGUAUCAACAUUUCGAACACUUUAUGUUCCACACCUCCUUGUACGUCGAAUUAACUUUUUUUCGUAAUGUUUAAUUUAAUUUUAAUUUUGAUUUUUCUAAUCUUUGUGCCAGGCCAUAUUUAUUAUUUGGAAUU